AUGCAAUUUAAGACCGUUUUCGCUACUUUCGCUUCUGUCGCCACUCUAGCCGCUGCCCAAGCCUCCAGAAACGAGACUGCCGGCGCCGUCGCUUCCAACGGUACCGUUGCUACCAACGGUACUGCUGGUGGUGCCAACGGCUCCAACGGCACCACCUCCAGUAGAAUCUCUACCGGUGCCGCCGCUUCCAACACUCUAAAUGCUGGUAUCUUCGGUGCUGCCGUCGCUGCUGGUGUUGCUUUCCUAUUCUAA